AAUCACAGCAGCUUCAGACAGCAUCAACAUGAACUGCAGCGUGCACCACAGAGUGCUGCUCAGUUACGGAAUGGAGAAGAGGCUAGACUCAGUCACUCUGCAGCUCUUCUGGGACUUUGUCAAAGCAAAGGAGCAAUUGCUGAAGUCACCUUACUUUCCAGUGCUGUUUUCUUUUACAGUUUACAUGACUUUCUGUCUUCCUUACAUUGCACUGGACUUCUUAAGCACUAAAGUACCAGCUGUGAGAAAAUACAAAAUCCAGUCUCUGAGUUAUCCAACUCUGGGAAUGAUGGUACCUUGUAUGGUUCAAUGUGUCUAUCAUCACGUUGUCUUUAUCUUCCCAGCGACACUUGCUCAUUGGUACUGGAGACCAGUGGAUUUACCAGUAAUGGCUCCAGAGCUGCCGAGGGUCCUGCUGGAUGUAACUGUUUGCCUGCUUCUCUUUGACUUCCAGUAUUUUCUGUGGCAUUUGCUUCAUCAUAAGGUGCCUUGGCUCUACAAGACUUUUCACAAGGUUCAUCAUAAGCAUGUAUCUACGUUUGCUCUUACCACACAGUACUUAAGUGUUUGGGAGUUACUUUCACUGGGAUUUUUUGCUGCCAUAAAUCCAGUGUUGCUGAACUGCCAUCCUUUGACAGAAAUGAUUUUCUUCCUUGUUAAUAUCUGGCUGUCAGUGGAGGAUCAUUCAGGCUAUGAAUUUCCAUGGUCAACAAACAGACUGAUGCCAUUUGGCUUGUAUGGAGGAGCUCCGCAUCACGAUCUCCAUCACCUGAAGUUCAAGUGUAACUAUGCUCCUUACUUCACCCACUGGGACAGACUAUUUGGAACACUUGGUCGGGCACAUUCACAACGAUAACAGGGAAUUCGUCUGUUACCUAGCUAAUUUUGUACAGCUAAUAAAUUAAGAUAAUAUUUUUUUCAGAGCCACAGAAAUAUAUAGUACGGAAUAUAUAAAUACACCUCUACCUCGAUGUAACAUGACCCGAUAUAACACAAAUUUGGAUAUACUGUGGUAAAGCAG